UUUCCAGGAACUAACUAAAAAUCUGUCACUGAUAACAAGUCCAAGUGAUUUAAUUUAUUAGAUAGAUCUAGAUUCUAGAGAAAAUGGCCAAUUUAAAAGAUUUAGCAGAUAAAAGUGAUACACUUUCGACAGAAGGCUUAGACGAUGACAAACCAGUUCCGCAAAAGGAAUUCGAAGGUGCCACAUUAGAAAUAAGUUCUAAUGUCAAUGACAUUACAGUUACAGAUAAUAAUCGUAAUAGAUCUACUAACAACAACCUAACAACCGGUAGCGAAUUCAGAGCGACAGAUAGUGAUGAUGUAUCAGUAAACGUAGUGCAACCAAGCCUUUUCAGAUCAUUCUCAACUAGCAGUAGUAACAAUGCUCAGGACAGUAGAGGAUUAUCAAGAAACAGGCCUGGCAGUAUGAUAGGAAGUGCUAGUAAUAAAUCUGGAGCCAGCCGUAUUUCUACUAGACCUGGAGUAAUCCAAUCGGAUUUGUCAGCUAGAUCAUUUUAUUGUUAUAAAGAAACCCAUUUUGAAAAAGCUGUUAACACUGUGAAAAGUAUCAUCAAGCCAGAGCUAGAUGGAGAAUUGAAGUCAAGUUGGCUUCUUACUGAGAUCGAUCACUGGGAUUUUGAGAGAGAGAAGAUCAUCUUGCUGACGGAGUACUCCAUGUUUAUUGUCAAGUAUAACUUCAUCAAUGAAACCCUGUACGAGUACCGGAGAGUCAUGCUACAUCUCAUCAACGCCAUCUACAUUGGUGAUUUUCAAUACCCAACAACCUCUCUGAUGCCAGACCGCAAACAUGGCGGGAUUCAAAUCAGGUGGGACAAGGGAGAGCAGCUGUCAUUUGGUCAGAAAUGGAAUCCUUGGUGCUCAGACAUUCCCUGGGUCACAUUGUCUCAUCACCCACUCAUCUACAACCCGAAAGAAUCGGAAACGGUGACCUACAAUGUUGAUGAGUUUUUUGAGUCCAUAGUCACAGCUGUUAGUAAGGUGUUUACAGAGAAAAGGCCUGGCGAGAAAGUGAAAGUAGUUGAAGGUCCUAUUCUGAUUGAAAGCUACGCCAGUCCUGCAUCCCUUGUUUUCAACCAAGGUGGGAUCGGGUUUUUCAGAGACAGAAAUGGUGUCAGCUUUUAAGCACUACUCCUUUAAAAUGUAUGAAUUUUAAGACACAAUGAUGUGAUAAAUCCAGCUGUAUAGAUUGUCAUUAUUCCUUUUCGUUUCUUCUUAUAUAUUUAAAUUUAUUCGACAUAUCCACAUAAUUUAUUAACUUUUGCUAGAUUUUCAAAUACGUUUUGCCUUUUUUGUAUCCACAGAUUUUAAUUUAUUUUGUUUUCGUUUGCCUUUAAACAUUUGACCCCAUUAUGAAAGUUCUGUACAAUUUUAGAGUUAAAAAAAGAUAGGAAAUAAACAUUUAAAUAAUCUUGAACCUAUAGAAAAGCUAUUGAGUCUGACAUUUUGAUGAAUAAGCUAUCACUUCAUAUUAAGUUCCAAAUAUGAAAAAAAAAAAUUAUAUUAAGCCUGCUAUCUUUCAUAAAAUAUUGAGGAAAUCAGUUUUCAAAUUUUUUGGUAAAGUGCUUUUCAAGCCAUUACUGGCAUGGUCAAGAUUUUAUUACUAUUGUUAUUAUGUUUAGGAUCUCAUUAAAUUUGUUUAUGUUUUAUUGUACCACUGAGCAGUGGUCCUACUGUUUAUUCAGAUUUAAUUCAGUGUUAGAAAUUUUAGAUUUUUUUAUCAUUUUCUUAGGGAUUGAAUUUUUUUUUUUUUAACUUCAAGCCAAUGCUAACUUCAGACCUAUGACAUGUUACUUUCAACUAUUAUGUCUUAGUAGCCCUAUUAAUGUUACAGAUCCAUAUAAAAUAUAUUUCUAUGCCUUCUUUCACAUAUUUAACAAUGCAAAAUUAGGUUAGGAUUAGCGGAUACCUCUUUUAAUUUAUCUUUAUAUUUGCGCACACAAAUUUUAUCAUUCUUGAUUAUUGUUUCUAGUGUUUGUUGGUAGUGCUACUGUCUGUAGCUUAUAUUUGAUUGACAUUCAUUUCAGGUCCUACUUUUGCUGUUCUUAUUGUCAUGUUUUUUUUGUUGUUUUUUUUCCGUCAUGAAUAUAUUGUACAGAAAAAUGUAUUAACAACCUUAAUAUUUAUACAUAGAGCAGACGGCUGUGCCAUAUAUUUACUGUAGACAAUGCGAACCCAGUGCCACUAUCUGUGUUGCUUUCUUAGUUGUAUGUUUGUUACUGUUUGCGCUUAUUGCACUGGACGUAAGAGGUCUUACACAAUGUUUGUCCUCAUACAUCCAUGGUCAUUGAAACUUAGCAGGUCUGUUUGAAACAAAUAGUUAUCAAGUUGUAGGAAAGCUAUGACAGUUUUCACUUUUCUUACAUAACUAAAUAAUGUGCAUCGAAGCUGUGCUCAAAGAUAUGAGCAUCAUUUUUUUUUAAAAAGUCAAGUUAAGCACAUCAGAGCUUUAUCAGUGUAUUGUUUGGCAAAUUAUGUGGGUCAACAGGGUUUUAUGAAGCAGUGUAAGAUAUUGCUAUUUUUAUGUAAUAUUGUGACGUAAGACAAUGCAUUAUUAUUUUUUUCAAUAAUUUCAAAAUACUUUAUGACUAAAGCUAUGGUAGUCAUCUCUGUUUGAAAAGUUAUUUAGGCCUAAGUUAAUUGGAGACUUACCAAUUUCUAUGUCAUUUUAACAUAGAGUAUUGAGAAACAUUUAAACUUACCAUUUGUUUCCUCUCAUUAUCACCUUAUAAUGAUUUUUUGCAGGCAUUAAACUAAAUAAAUGCAUACUAACUAACGGUAGAUUUAAUGUUUUGGUGCACUCUAGUUAUCAUGACAGAAACUUUGAAGUACCGGUACUAGACAUGAAAAUAAAUUUGAUGUAGCGGGUACUAACCUUAUAUUUGUAAGCUUGAAUCGAAAACUCUUUUAACUAUAGCAAAAAGCUCUUCAUGGAUUAUUAGUGGAUCUUAAUGCAGAAGUCAAUUGUUAGGGUUAAAUCCAACCUGCUCUGUUAUGAUGUAUGGAAGGCUCAUCGGAAAGAUGUUUCUAAAUCUGUGUAGAUUGCCUAGUCUUUCUCUUUUGCUUUUAAUUCUUGUUUUUGUUUUUUUUUUUUUUAAUUGGCUGUCUCAUUUUGUUAUGUUUUUUUUUUUUUUUUUGGUUAUUAAUCUUAAAAUGUAUAAACAGUAAUCUUUUCUGUUUAACUUUCCAGUUAAUCUUAUUUUUCAUCCUGAAUGUUUAUGUUGAUUAAUGUUGUAGUUUAUAUCUCUUGUGCAAUGAAAUCUUGGAUCUAUAGCCAGUCCUUUAUCUCCAUGACUCUGGCUUGCUUAUUAUAGGAGUCAUUAAAAACUGACACCAUUGUCCGUUUACUGACAUCAUUCAUAAAUUUAUUUUGUCAAGGUUCCACUGUUAAGCAUCAGUGCGGAUUAGAUCACAGAUUACAUUGUGUUAUGAACUGGUAUAGACAUCUGGUAUAAACAUUGAAUUCAGAAAAUAAAUUUGAGUUGAAGAUGUUUUUUUAACUUUUAAUAUUGAACAAUAUGGACUAGAAUACAAUUGCCUUCUGUAAUUUCUUAUAAACUUAUGGAAAAUUAAGAGUAGAAUAAUAAUAAGAUUACAAAUGAUUCAUUGAUCCUUAUUGGAAAUUUGUUUGGAUUAAAUCGACUUUCUUUUUUUUUUCAAUUACACCGACAUUCCACAAAAGAUAACAGACGCAACAGACAGAGAAGCUCAUUGAGUGACUAUACACAGAUGUCCUUAUUAACUAUACACAGAUGUCCUUAUAACUAUACGCAGAUGUCCUUAUCUUUUUUUUUAUGUCCCCUUGUCAAGGAGUAUGUCUGACAAAAUGAAGAGCAAAUAAGUUUUCAUACCAUUCGGUAUUUGCAUUCAUGCUCAGAAGUUGCCCACUUUUCAACCACUUUAAUAGUGAUGAUGGAGCAGUUGUUGACUUCUAAAAUUAUUUUAACUUUGAGACGUCUUUGUUAAAAAAGUUUAUUUAAAUAUGGUAGGGUUGUGCGUGUGGUUUUUUGAUGCAUUUAUUUUUGGAAUGUCUAAGCUGCGAAACAAAUUACUAUAUAUGUUAGCAGAUUUUGUAUCAUUGCUCAGUAAAAAUUAACCAAGAUGCUUAUUUAUUAAAGUGGAAAAAUAGUAGUUACAGUGGGUUUAUUUGGAUACAUUGUUUCUAAUUUCAACCAAUCAUUACCAGCUGAGUUGUCUCUUCACUUUUUGUUUAUAUCUUGGUUGAAUGAAUAAUGAAUAUUAUUUGGAGUUUUGUUGGUAAAAUGUCUUUUGAUCCUUGUUGGUUUUAAAAAACAGAGAGACUAUUGUGUGAUCUAAGUCACUAAGAAAAAUUAACCUGUGAUUGUGCAUGCUUUUCUUUUAGCCUCAUUGAUAUUGAAUAUCUAGAGGAAAUGUUUUACUAUUUGAUUUUGCAUAAAUCUGACUGGAUGUAUCAUUCUGGCCUGUAUUUAUACGAAUCAAUAAUUUAUCUUGUAUGUAACUUUGAGCCUAGUCCCGGGCUUAGAUCUAAAAUGUUCAGAGUCCUGAGAGUGUUGGACAUAGAGUUAAAUGCGAAAUGUUUGUAUUAAAGAUGUUCACGAUGAACUAAACAAUGUCAAGGACACUAAACUGAACUUCCCUGUUGCCGACUAAAUAAAAAGAAUUGAGCUGUAGUUCUAUUGAUAUCUCCAAGUGCGGCAGUUAAUCUGCGUAUCAAAUCUCCUUGAUUGCUUCUAGUUGGUUGCCCAUUUUGUUUUGAAGUAUUACGUCGCAGACUGAAAGUUUCAUGCUUCCUCCUGACAUUACUUUGUCCUGCACGUGGAAGUGCUUUGACAAACUUGGCAGUUACCAAAACGUGCACAAAUAUACUUUUUCAAAAACAAAGCUCAUCAACACUUCCUGUGUUUUGUACACCGGAUGCGCCAACAAGCUAGCUUUAUUGCUUUUCCCACUAUGUAUGAAAAUCAUGGAUUGACUGUAAAAAAAUUCUCACUAACUUCUUUACAAUAAGAGCUUAAGAGAUUUAAUACUUUUAGGACUAUGACUUUCAUUGAAAGAAGGUUGUUGAAACAUUUUAUCCAUUUUUUCUUCUGAGCUUCAGAAAUACAUUUUCUAAGUUGUCUAAAGCACAAUAUUCUAACACAGAAAUUGCAGGUUAUAAAAAUCUGUUAUUUACUGCACUGUAUUAAUGGAGCCCAGCGAUUGGUAAGAAAAGAGAUCAAUGUUUGAAAUGUCCCCCCCCCCCUCCAUCCCGCUGGGCUCAUGAUUAUCUGAAUUUUGCUUCAGCUUUUUCCUCAGGCUGUGGGCUUAAAGUCUUGUAGAUUUCCUCGAUAAUCAAGCCCAGCCACUGGUAGGAAAACAGGUGUGAAAUUUUCCAUGACGAAUUGUAUUAAAUUUUUUUUUUUGCUGAUUGAGUUGAUUCAAAUAUUUUUCAUUGUUUUGUUUUUUAAACUUGUUUUUGCUUUUGCACCGACACAUAACCUGUGCCUGCUGUUUUUAAUAGAAUAUUCCUUCAAAAUCAUGUUGCUGCUUUGCUAAUGUUUUGUUUUAAAAGAUAAAAAGUGCACUUUCAAAUCUCUUUCUCUGUAUAUUUUUUUUUAGGGCUGUAGGCUUUGUAUUUCAUGUUUAUGCUGUCUCCUUACUCCUUGUCCCUGCGUUUGAGCCCUUUUUGACACUUACUAAUUAAAUUCAAUGUUAUUCUGUUUCUGUUCGACCUUUUUUAGAAUUUAAAUUUUACAUAUAUAAUAGUAAUAAUAGUUCAUUCUGUCCAUGAAGCACUGUUAAGAAAGAAAAUUUAGGCUCAAGGCGCUGUAAUAACAUUACAAACACAACAGCUAAAUUGACAAUUAAUCUAAAAAAGUUUUAAACAGAUAGAUCUUAAUGUUCUUCUUAAAAGUGGUGUAGCAUGUUGUCUGUCUGAGAUCAAUGGGAAGUGAGUUUAUAGAUAACUUAAUGAAAUUUCUCUAGGUAAUCUUUGUAUUGUUUCUAUUCAGUUUUUUUUUGUCUUGCUACAUAUUCACCAUCAACUAUCUCUUAGUCUGUUGGACCAAUGGGGCACCACACGAGAUCUGUCUACCUACCGUCUUUCUCCAUUCCUCUCUGUCCUUUGCUUUGGAUAGAAUUUCAUUCAUUGAUAGACCUGUCCAUUCUUUGAUGUUCUCUUCCCAUCACUAUCUCUGUCUUCCUCUUCUUCUUCCUGGUACUGUUCCCUGAAGGAAGGUCCUUGCGAGCCCUGAGGACCUUUCCAUGUGGCCUUAGUUUUGAGUUACAUUUUUUUGGCAUUUUUUGACAGUGGUUAGCAUGUCAUCAUGGGGUCCAAUUGCUGUAUUAGUUCUGUUUCAAAUCUCUUCAUAUAAAUUUCUACAUAUUAAACUGUUUAUUCAUCACAGCCAACAUCUUUCUUUAGAAUGACUUAGGAUGUAUUGAUGUUUUGUUAUUAACUGUUUCCUUGAGAUCAACUGAUAAUGGCCUCCAAUCUUGUCUCUCUUUAUUUGUAUCAAUACUGUGUUCUAAUUUGGUUGUAGAUUGUGCGCAUUAUAAUUUUAUUUUUAACAAAAAGAAAUCUAUUAUGGCAGUGACCAACGCCUGGGCUCUCUCUGCUUAGUGCUUAGGAAUAAAAUAACUAAGUCAGAAAUGUGUGCUAAGAAACGUAUUCAUUGCAUCAAAAAAAAAAAAAAGAUAGUCUGCUAAAUGUUUAUUGACAUUGUUAUAUUAGUGUGUUAUUUUUUUUUUUCAUUCCUAUAAAUGUGUGUAUUAUUAUAUUGUAUUUCAUUCUUAUGAAUUCAUUUACAAUCAGUAAUUGUUGCACUCAGUUUUAAGCCAGCAUUUAUGGUUUUUAAUAUUUGCAUUUUAUUCAUUAAUUUAGAGACAGUGUCAGAAUGUUAUGUUGUUUUUUUUUACUUCAUCUUGAUUUUUCUCUUGACUGCCCAAAUUCCCAUUUCCCUGGGAAAACUGCUGACUACUGAAACUUCUCUUUACCUCUUGACUUUUGAGUCUUUAAAAUUUUAUUUUCUUAAUUUAUUUUGUUGUAAUAGUUUGAACUUGACACUAGUUUCUUAUACAAGUCCACAUUUUCAACUGAUGUUUUAUUAUAAAUAUAGAUUUUCUUUUGGUGUUUUGCUGCUAAAUAUUAUAUGAGUAAUUUUUAUAAGCUAAUGGUGUGCAUCUUUUUAAACUGCACCGUACUAUGGUACAAAUAGCUCUCCCUUUUUUAGUUUGAAAAUACAAUGUAAAGCCAAAUUAACAGUGCAAUACUAUUGAGCUUCUUAUGCUAUGUUGUUUGUAAAGACUUGGCCAUACCACUAUAAACAGGGCCGGCCUUAGGCAUAGGAAAACUGGGCAGCUGCCUAGGGCCUCUGAUUGGUGAGGGGCCUUGUAAAGGACUGGUAACAAUUUUUUUUAUUUAGAAGGAAUAGCUAAGCUUGUGCUUUAUGUUAUUAGUUGAGUCACUAGUUUUUAAAUAAAAUGCGUCAUUUUAUUUUUUUAACUGAUUUUUUUUUCUCUAUUUCAUUUGGGGCCACCAAAUUCACUUUGAUGUGGGCCCCCAAUCGUCUAAGGCGGGCCCUGCUGUAAACAGAGGUUGUUGUCUUUCGUGACAAUAUUUUUAUUAUUCUGUUGUGAUGGUUUGUCAUACACCAAAAAAAGAAAAAAAAAAGUUUUUUAUUUUUUACCGGUAUCUAGAUUUUUAUAUUCAAUAUUUCUUAACUGUGUCUGUAUUCAGUUUAAUGCUCUAGAAGUCCUUUUCUUUUAUGUAUCUCAAUGUUGUUUCAUAUAAUAAAAUCUAUGCAGAAUGGAACUAUAAUAAUAAUCCAUUCUUAAAGAGCUGAUUACAUUCAUGAUUAUUUUGGCAAGGUUUGGGGGAGGGGGGGUCACCCACCCCUCCCCCUUUUGUUUUAGAUACACAAUACAGAUAUGUUAUUUGUAGAUCACUAAUGUAAUAUAGUGUUGUGUAUGUAGAUCACACUGUCAAAGCAUCUACUGAUUAAACAAAAAUAUUUUUGUUGUCUGGAAUAAAGAAUUAUAAUAAAUGACAAUACAAACA